GCUCAAGAUGUGGGUGUCCGCGCUGUGCCGCCCAGCAGCCAUGCAGACAGCAGGGCAUGGAUUUCGAGGGCGAGGAGGAGGGCCAGCUGGGCGGGGGCUCGCACGGAGAGCCGUUCGACCUCUGGGGCCUCGUGGGGCAGCACGGCUCGAGCAAGUGGGCAGAGGCUGAGGGCGCCGCCCACCCUGCAGAGGCCGAGGAGCUCGGCCUGGUGGAGGCCGAGGACCCGGCCGAGGGCGCCGCCGACCCGGCAGAGGCCGAGGAGCUCGACGUGGUGGAGGCCGAGGACCUGGCCGAGGCCGCCGUGGACCUGGUGGAGGCCUGCGACGCAGAGGCCGAGGGCGCCGUGGAGGCCUGGGACGUGGAGCUGCACCCCCAGGGCGACGGCGCCCGCGGCCCGCAGGCGGGCGCGUCCCGCCGCCCGUGGACUCCCCCGCGGAAGCCCGGGGCCUCUGCGCCGGUGUCGGCGAAGCGGCGCCGCGAGCUGCCUCUGCGGGCAAAGGGCCACCCGCCGGCGCCUCCCGGCGCUGCGCCCGCAUGGCUCGAGGAGGGUGGCUCGCCGCCCCCGCCCGCGCCGGGCCUGCGCAUCGCGCCGCAGCC